GUGCAGCGUCCUUUCACCCACCAUUCCCAUUCGAAUAGCGUGCAUAACUUUUUUUCCAUUUGCUUUUUCACCACAUGCGUCAAGGGUAAAGUAUAUUUCAGCUAGCGGCUUCCGCUGUUUCAAUAGGGUCUGCAGUAUAAAUAUUUACCAAGUGCACUUCCAGGUUUACUACGGUGGUUGCUUGAAACUCUUUCUCUUUCCUCGGACUCUGCAUAUUCAAAGCGCCUUGACUUAGAUAUGAGCGAUCCCGUCAAUCUCAAUGGGCCUAUCGACGCUGCCCUGGCGUCAGAGAAUGCCGUGCUUCAAGUAGCCAGUAAUGGGAUGAAGAUUGAAGGGCCGAACGCCACUCCUGGCUUGUUAGAGAAACCAGACGGAAUGCUUCUUAGCGAUGCACCAAAGAAUUUGUAUCGUGUGAUAAUGCUCUGUUAUUGGUCUUUCUGUGGUGGCUUAUCCGAUGGUGCUCCAGGGGCGUUGUUACCGACUAUUGAAGCCCACUAUAACAUUUCCUAUUCUAUCGUUUCCUUGAUUUGGAUGUUCAACGCCAUUGGUUAUUUAACUAUCGCCUUCUUUGCUGGUAAGCUCGACAGGUUUGCGAGCAAACAUAUCCAGCUUACAUGUGCUGUUUUCUGCAUGACCAUCUGCUAUGCCCUCGUCGCAUCGGGUGGUCCUUUCGAAGUGAUCGUGUUAGGCUUCUUCUUCGGGGGGUUGGGCUUAGCUAUUGGAUUGAGUUUGACCAACGUGUUUUUGGGCAGAAUGCACAAUUCUUCCAAGUACCUCGGAUACUCUUCCGGUUCAUAUGGUGUGGGUGCGACGGUCGCACCCUUGAUUGCCACUGCCAUGAUCGAUCGUGGGAUCAAGUGGAACUACUUCUACCUCAUUGUUGUUGGCCUUAGUUGUUGCAACGUUGUUGCUAUCUGGUUCAUCUUCUCGGAUAUCGACGCGGACCUCAGUGCCUACAACGAAAAGCUUGCGGACUACGACAGACAACAGGAGGCGAUUGUGUGUAGCCUGUCUUUUAUCACCGACGGAUCCGGCCAAACGAAGGAAGAGCUGGAAACCAAGGCGGUGGAAAAUAUGGGUGAACAAGAUCUUAUCGAGACUGUCUCGCCAAAGAUUGGCACCAUGAGCGAAGCUAUCCGCACCAAGAUUGUGUGGCUUUUUUCCUUCUUUGUUUUGUGCUAUCAAGGUGGUGAGGUUUCCAUCGGUGGCUGGAUUGUCACCUUCUUGUUGGAGUACCGUCAUUCCAACAGUACCUCGACCGGCUAUGUUGCAAGUGGGUUCUGGGGCGGCUUGACCUUGGGUAGAUUGUUUUUGACCCAUCCACUCGCCCUCUUUUUUGGCGCCAGACGCGGUGUCUUGUACACGUCAAUCCUUGGGGUUGUGCUUGUCGUUUUAACCUGGGUGGUCAACCACGUGAUUGUCGAGGCCGUGUUUAUCUCCCUAGCCGGUCUUGUCACCGGUCCUAUCUAUCCGUUGAUGAUUUCGCGUGCGGCAGACUUGAUAGACCCUCACCUCUUCUCACUCUCUAUGGUCAUCAUGACCGCGUUCGGGAGCAGUGGUGGUGCGUUGUUCCCAUUCUUCACCGGGUUGAUUGGUGAGUACCGCGGUUCUUACGUUGUGAUGCCAAUGGUGAUUUCUUUGUUUGGUUCCAUGAUUAUCAUCUGGCUCGUUAUGCCUCUUGCCAGAGGCGUCAAGCUGGUCAAAUGGUGGCAGAAGUUUGUCUAGUGCUCCCCCGGACAACACGUAUAGGGAUAUCUUUCAUUGCUGAUCUAGAUUGUUUCUGCACACUGUAAA